UUUUCUUGUGUAGAGCGGCAAGGCAAGACAAAAAAAAAAAGCUGGUUGGUUUUGGUGAUUGGUUGGUUGGCGGGCUUGCAUCAAAGGAAGCUGCAAACAAGCAUGCAUUGCAUGGCAUGGUAGGACGAAGGCACGCACGCACGUCCGGUCAUGGGUUCUUUUUCUCUUCUUUUCCUCCUUUUCCGGUUUCAUCACUCUUAAUUUCUUUGGCAAGGCAGGCAUGCUGCAGACUGCAGACAUGCCGAUGGGACGACCGUGCACGAGUCUCGUUGUUUUUCUCUUUUUUUCCUCUUUUUUCGUCAUAUAUCUCGGAUGGGUUUCCUCUCUGUCUCUCUGGCUCUCUGGGUGUGUCAUCUCUCUCAGAGGCACACGCAUACACGCAUCAGCAUCAUAUCACGUUGGCAAAGCAUCAUCGAAUCAUCACUUACAGUUGUUUAUCUGGUUGUUUGUUUUGUUUUGGUUUGGUUUGUUGUAGCACUUAGGGUAUAGGGCGAGCGCGUCUUCUGGGGGUUCGUACGUUAUGUCGGUUAGCAUGGGCGCUAGUGUUAUCGGGAGCAUAUGCUUAGGCGUCUAGGUACCUAUGUAGGUGGUGGGCAGGCUCGGGCUGGCAGGGAGCGCGGGGUUUGUUUGGCUAUCGGCAAAUUGGGCUUUUGUUUCUGGCUGGCUGAGCUGGGACGG